ACGACUCAACCACAGACGCCUCCACAACCACCGCCACAACAGCUGGUUCCACAACAUAUACAAUAUUAUGGACAGUCACAAAGUGCACAACCAUAUGGGAUCACUCAAGUACCAUCACCACCAACACAUCAUUAUUCGUAUAUUGCAUAA